ACUCGAGGUCCCUGGAAUGGGGGAAGGGAACGGAGGUCGAUUAAAAAAUGUUCUCCCUUUUUAAAAAGGGGAGGGGGGAGCGGAGACGUUAAAUUAUUUUGCAAACAUUCAUGCCGCGGGAAGGGCUGGGACAGGCCGCGCGGCCGCCGGAACCGGUCGGACAGGUAGCGAGCUUGUUGACACCGUUAUGUUGCAGGGCGCAUGCUCGCUCCCAAGUUUCCUGGUGCCUUUUCUAUUCCACCUUAGGAAACUUUUUCCUCGGCGUGGUCUCAGCCUGGAUUUAAGGCACCGGAGUCGGCGAGCCAACAGUCGCGGGCGCGCGGGGCGCAGGGACGAGCAGGGGGCGAGGGGGGGGCCCGGGGGGCGCCGCCAGGACCAGCGCCUAGCGGAGCGGGACCGCGCGGGGGCCUCGCCAUGCCCAAAGCCUUUCUGGUGAAGCGCAGGAGCCCCGGCGCCGCGGAGCGCAGCUGGGCUGCGCUCCCAGACGAGAACCGCGCGGACGCCUACAUCCCAGUUGCCCUGGGCCGCCUGCUUCACAGCGCUGAGGACAGUCGCAGCGACGGAGGUAGCAGCAGCAGCACCGGCGAGUCCGGAAGCGCCGAGAGCAGCUCGUCCCCGCGUGCCCCGGAGUGCGACACCCCCGAGCGGGGCGACGCAGAGGGCGCAGAUGGACACUUGGCAGCGAAACAGCGCGCGGUUGCUAGGUCAAAAAUCAAGUUCACCACAGGUACGUGCGAUGACCCGGCGAUGCACAGCUGUGAGCUCUGUGGCAAGGGCUUCCGCCUGCAGCGCAUGCUCAACCGCCACCUCAAAUGCCACAGCCAGGUCAAGAGGCACCUGUGCACCUUCUGCGGCAAGGGCUUCAAUGACACCUUUGACCUGAAGCGGCACGUGCGCACACACACAGGCAUCCGGCCCUAUAAGUGCGAUGUGUGCCACAAGGCCUUCACGCAGCGCUGCUCCCUGGAGUCGCACCUGAAGAAGAUCCAUGGCGUGCACCAGCAGUAUGCCUACAAGCAGCGACGAGACAAGCUUUACGUGUGCGAGGACUGCGGCCACACGGGGCCCUCGCAGGAGGACCUAUACCUCCACGUGCACCGCGCACACCCGGGCAGCGCCCUCCUGCAAAAGACUUCCAAGAAGCUGGCGGCACUGCUGCAGAGCAAGCUGGUGGCCGAGCACCUGGGGGACGCCAGCCCGAGCGAGGAGGAGGCCCAGAAGUGAGGGCUCUGCUCUAACCCAACUGGCUGUUUCUUUUUCCCGUCCUGGGUAUUGGACCCAGGGCCUUCGCACAGAGCUACAUUCUCAGCCUCUGCUUUUUAUUUUGAGAUAGGCUCUCAAUAAGUUGCUCAGGCUGAGCUCAAACUUGGAACCCUCCUGCCUGAGCCUCUUUGAGUGCUGAGGUCAUAGGUUCAUAGGUGUAUCUGCCACAGCUGGUUCUUGCUCGCCCUUUUUCAUCACCAGUAUCGCCUUUUUUUUUGGUCUUUUUUGAGACAGGGUCUCCAUGCAUUUCAGGCUGGCCUGGAGCUCACUUUGUAGCCCA